UUUUUGCGCGGGAAAAGGGGGCAGUCUGGAGCUCUAGUGGGUGUCGCUGGGACGGGCAGUUUGUGCGGAGGUUGCCUCUCGCUCCCUCUCCCUGCUGGCUAUGGGGUUGCUGGCGCUGUGCGAGGAAGUGUUCGGUACCGCCGACCUUUACCGAGUGUUGGGCGUGCGGCGCGAGGCCUCGGACGACGAGGUCCGACGCGGCUACCACAAGGUGUCUCUGCGGGUUCACCCGGACCGGGUCGGCGACGACGACAAAGAGGACGCCACCCGCCGCUUCCAGAUCCUCGGGAAAGUCUAUUCUGUUUUGAGCGACAAAGAACAGAGAGCAUUGUACGAUGAGCAGGGAACAGUGGACGAAGAUGCUGAUGUGCUCAACCAAGAUCGGGACUGGGAGACGUAUUGGAGGUUACUUUUUAAAAAGAUAUCUCUAGAAGACAUUCAAGCUUUUGAAAAGACAUACAAAGGUUCUGAAGAAGAGCUGGCGGAUAUUAAACAGGCCUAUUUGGAUUUCAAGGGUGACAUGGAUCAGAUCAUGGAAUCUGUGCUGUGUGUGCAGUACACAGAAGAACCCAGGAUAAGGAACAUUAUUCAGCAAGCCAUUGAUGCUGGCGAGAUCCCCUCCUAUAAUGCCUUUGUCAAAGAAUCAAAGCAAAAGAUGAAUGCAAGGAAAAGGAGGGCUCAGGAAGAGGCUAAAGAAGCAGAAAUAAGCAGGAAGGAGUUGGGCCUUGAUGGAGUAGAUAACUUGAAAACACUCAUUCAGAGCAGACAAAAGGAUCGGCAAAAGGAAAUGGACAAUUUUCUGGCUCAAAUGGAAGCAAAGUACUGCAAACCUUCUAAGCGAGGAGGGAAAAAAACGCCUCUCAAGAAAGGAAAGAAAUAAUGGAAUUUUCUCUUCAAAAGCCUUUAGGUGUUAAUUGGUGCCAUUGUAGGCAAGAUACAGUCAAGAUUUGAAGACAAAAGUCAACCCUGCCCUUGAAAAAAGUUCUUUCCAGGCUAAGUUAUUCAGCUCAACUCUGUGAACCAAGCAGAAUCUCUCAACCUGAUUUUGGUAGUCCUAGAAGUCCCCUGACAUUCUUUGAGGUCCUGCAUGAAGGAAUUUGGUGAUUCUUGAGGGAAUGGGGGAGAAUGGUAUACUUCUGGCAGCACUUGCGUCUGUGGAUCUUCUGUACAAGGAUCUCUUAUCUAGAAUGUGGGUCUGUCCCAUGCUGCCUUCAGCAGUUGUCGUUUUGCCACGCAGGAGUCUACGCACAGCUAUAGAGUAUUCAGAGUGUUGUGUUUAUUAGAACAGUAACUCUGCCUAGCUAGAACGCUUUCAGAACCCUUGCUGGUCAUGUGUCUUUCAAAUAUUUGCCAGUUUGCUUUCAUGUUUAAUAUCCUUGAAUAGAUCCUCUCUCCUUUUUGUUUUAUUCAGCCCGGUUUUGUACUCUUUGCUUGAAAUAUAGGAGAAACAGAUGUUGAGAUUACUUCAGACAUCUUUGUAAGACUUA